UUUUUUACCUGGCCGAAUCAAUCGAGCGCGGCAUGCAAUUCAAACAAUCACUCAGUUUCAAUUUUGAUUGCUUUCAGUUCAGAUUGAGUCUUGUAGCAAAUAUUUUCGCGCAAUAAAAAUGACACGGUUAUUCUCAAAAAGUGCUCUAGUUCUAGCUACAUUCUUGUAUUUUAAUGGCGUUUAUCCAAGUGUUCAGGCAAAUGUUAGCCCAAAAGUGGAUUUUGUCGAAGAUAACAACAGUGAGCAUGUUCCGCCCAAAAUACAGGGCGUUCGAGUUAUCGUUGAUGCCACCAAAAUGAAUGGUGGUAAAAUGGACGACAAAACCGAAACGAUUCGUAUUCAAACGGACGGAGCAAAGCAAACAGUAGGUAUUCAUACGGAUAUCACAUUCGAAUUGGAUGAUAAGAAAAAUGGUACAAAGAAAACGGACGGGAAAAAUGCAGAAAGUGAUGAAGAUAUAGACGAUACUGAAGUGCCCGUGUACCGUGGUUCGCAUACUGAAGGUGCCAAUCGAAACAAUUUCAAUCGUCGAUACGAUCCAAAUGACUAUUACCAAGCAAAUUUCCAUGGUACAAACGAUGAUUUUAAAUAUGCUGAUGCUGGUACAUGGGUUCGAUUUUUACCAAUGGCAAAUGGAGGAUGGACCACUGAACGGUAUUCAGAGAGUUUUAUCCCAAAUCAAAAUCGAAGAUUCCCGUCUGGUGGAUUUGUACCGUAUGGUAUUGGACAAAAAUCAUUCAAUCGACCGUGCAUAUGUGAUGAUCGCCCAUAUUGGAGAGACAAUGAUCGACGACAAUACCGAUCGAGUACUCUCAAGCCUCAAGGCACCGACGACAAACUAGAAUAUCCAUUCUCAGAAACCGAUUGAAUAUUCAUAUCCCAUUCUUUCGUAUGAAAAUGAAGAAAGAAUUACAUUUUUUCGUUGUUUUUGUUAAUUUUUCUAACAAAAUGUGUCCAUGACAUCAUUUAAAUAUCCACAAUAAAAUAAAAUGCU